CCCCCAAUCCGCUCCUCGCCCCUGACUCUCAUCCCUCCUGCCUUCUCCGGUGCGUCUGUUCGCUGCGAGGAGCGGCGGCGUGUGUAUGUCAGGGAAGUCGGAGCGGGGGAGAAGCCGCACUGUUCUGCGCAGCUGGUUUCCGCUGGACAUCACCGAAUAACGGCGCUCGGCAAACCGGGCGGUGGUGGAGGGGGAGAGACUGGACCCGGACCAGGACCAGGACCAGGAGAAGCACCGAGGCUUCUGCUCUCCGGAAACAUGUCGGAGUUUUUUCUACUCGCCUUCCUGGCCCUUUUCUCGGGAUUAUUUCCGUGCGCCGAGCCCUCGAAUGUGUCGGACGAGGAGAUAGAAUCCAUCAUGUGCGACGUAGGGGAGUUUCAUUGUCACGAUCGCCAAGCCUGCAUACCCGAAGCCUGGCUCUGUGAUGGUGAGCCCGACUGCCCCGAUGGUUCAGACGAAACUGGUCAUGUUUGUGCACAGGAGGUGGUGAUCAGAUGUCCCCUUAACCACAUACAGUGCAUUGGGACAAAAAAAUGCAUUCACUUUAACAAACUGUGCAAUGGGGCUAAAGACUGUGAAGACGGCUACGAUGAAGGAGUUCACUGUCGAGAUCCCGGUGACAGUCCUCCGGUUCUCCUCAUUGGUGGCUCUGAUCGUGUUGUCAUCUCCCAUCUAAAUGGAACAGGCCUUCAGCCCCUGAGGUCUCUAAGUGUAAAUGGAACACUAGCAUUAGAUUUUCAGCACAGCCAGGAAAGUGUAUGCUGGACUCUAUCGACAGAGUCCUCUGGGCAACUCCGCUGUGCUGUAAUGAGGAAUCUACGAGGACUCACCCAGGAAAAGGAAAUACGAACGCAACUAAGUUUACAGCAUGUGGAGCAGAUGGCCAUUGACUGGCUGACUGGGAACUUUUAUUUUGUCGACCGUGUCACUGACAAGAUAUUUGUUUGUGACCUCGGCGGAGAGACUUGUGUCACCAUCCUACAGCUAGACCUGCUGAAUCCUAAAGGAAUAGCCUUGGAUCCCCUCAUGGGUAUGAUGUUCUUCACUGACUAUGGGACUGUGGCCAAGGUUGAACGCUGCAACAUGGAUGGCACUAACCGCACCCGGCUGGUGGAUUAUAAAAUUGAGCAGCCCACCGCUGUAGUAUUGGAUGUGGUGAAGAAGCUGGUGUAUUGGGCAGAUGCCUACCUGGAUUACAUUGAUGUGGUGGAUUACCAGGGCAGGAACAGGCACACCAUCAUCCAAGGGAACCAAGUGUCGUACAUAUAUGCAUUUGCUGUGUUUGAGGACUACCUCUAUGCUAUCCACUCUGACCCUUCCAAAGGGAGUUCAACUGUGGAGCUGCUGCAGGUGCACAGAUUCAACAUCACAGAAGACAGCAGGACACUGGCCAGCCUGGGGAAUUCUAGGGGAGUGCAUAUUUACCACAAACUCGCUCAGCCAAAAGUUAGGAGCCAUGCUUGUGAAAUGGAUUCAUAUGGAAAACCAGGAGGGUGUUCCCACAUUUGUCUUCUGAGUGGAAGUUACAAGUCUAAAAGCUGCCGCUGUCGAAUCGGCUAUCGCCUGGGUUACGAUGGAAAAUCUUGUAAAAAGCCCAAAACCGAUUUCUUCCUCUUCUAUGGUAAGGGACGUCCUGGGGUAAUCCGAGGCUUGGAUAUGAACAUCAAAUCCGACGAUGAGCACAUGGCACCGAUCGAGGACUUGGUCAACCCUCGAGCCAUUGACUGCCAUGCAGAAAUUGGACACAUUUACUUUGCUGACACCACCAGUUUUCUUAUUGGACGUCAGAAAAUAGAUGGAAGUGACAGAGAGACAAUACUCAAAGAUGAACUUGACAAUGUUGAAGGUAUCUCUGUUGACUGGAUUGGAAACAACUUAUACUGGACCAAUGACGGGUACCGGAAGACGAUCAGUGUGGCAAGGCUGGAGAGAGCCUCCCAAACCAGAAAGACUUUGUUGGAAGGAAACAUGUCUCACCCUCGGGCCAUUGUGGUGGAUCCUAUUAACAGCUGGAUGUACUGGACAGACUGGGAGGAGGAUGAGGUCAAUGACAGCAUAGGGCGGAUAGAAAAGGCCUGGAUGGAUGGAUCCAACCGGCAGAUUUUUGUCACCUCCAACAUGCUUUGGCCUAACGGUCUGACGCUGGACCACAGCACCAGCACCAUGUACUGGUGUGAUGCCUACUAUGACCACAUUGAGAAGAUUCACCUGAAUGGAACAGGAAGAAUGGUGGUGUACAGAGGAAAAGAGCUGAACCAUCCUUUUGGAAUCUCUCAUUAUCGUAAUUUUAUCUUUUGGACGGAGUACAUGAACGCAUCUGUAUUCCAGCUGGACUUGUCCACCGGCGAUGUCACUCUGCUGCGAAGCGAGAGACCACCUCUGUUUGGCCUGCGUGUCUAUGAUGCACAGAGUCAGCAAGGUGAGAAUGCGUGCAGUGUGAAUUAUGGAGGCUGUGGUACCCUUUGCCUCGCCAUCCCAGGAGGCAGAGUUUGUGCCUGCGCUGACAACCAAGUAUUGGAGAAGAACAAUGUCACCUGUGCAGAAUCUUCCACCAGUGGUUUGGAGCCGCCGCGAUGCAAAAGUGAUGAGUUCCAGUGUCUCAAUCAUCGCUGCAUACGCGCCUUGUGGAAAUGCGACGGAGACGACGACUGUCUGGAUGGGAGUGAUGAAGAGAGCCACAGCUGCUAUAACCACACCUGCCCUGCUGAUCAGUUCAAAUGCAGCAACAAUCGCUGCAUCCCCAAAAGAUGGCUCUGCGAUGGAACAAACGACUGCGGUAACAACGAGGAUGAGUCCAACACUACAUGCUCAGCUCGGCCCUGUCAAGCGGACCAGUUCUCCUGCCAGAACGGACGUUGUAUACCUCGAGGCUGGAGCUGUGAUCGGGAGGACGAUUGUGGGGACUUGUCUGACGAAAUCUCUUGCACAUUCCCCACCUGCAGACCUCUCACCCAGUUCAGUUGCUCAAAUGGCCGCUGCAUCAGUGUCAAGUGGCAUUGUGAUUCAGAUGAUGACUGUGGUGAUGGCAGCGAUGAAGCAGGAUGCAUUCAGACCUGCUCUAACAGCCAGUUCCAGUGCACCAGUGGUCGCUGCAUCCCAGACCAAUGGGCUUGCGAUGGUGACAACGACUGUGGUGACUUUAGCGAUGAGAACACAACCUGCAGAGGUGGAUCUGCAUUGCUGCCGUCUGUGAUUGAGUGCAGCGAGGACGAAUUCCACUGCAUAGCAGAUGGCACCUGCAUCCCAGAGCGUUGGAGAUGUGACGGAGACAAGGACUGUGAGGAUGGAAGUGACGAGCAAGACUGUGAAGGCACGAAAAGGAUGUGUGACCCAAAGGCGAAGUUUACAUGCAAAGACACAGGCAAGUGUAUCACAAAGAGUUGGGUGUGUGAUGGAGACAUUGACUGUGAGGAUCGCUCCGAUGAAGAGUUAUGCGAGUCCGCUGUGUGCAAAUCACCCAAGUACCCAUGUGCCAAUGACACAUCUGCGUGCCUGACACCUGAUAAGAUCUGCAACGGGAAGGUGGACUGUGCAGAUCGCUCGGACGAAGGACCCAUCUGUGACAUGUGUCUUGUAGCCAGAGGGGGCUGCAGCCACCAGUGCAAUGUGGCACCAGGUAAAGGAGUUGUGUGUUCUUGUCCCCCCGGGCUCCACCUGGUCUCGAGCAACAAGACGUGUGAGGUGGUGGACUACUGCAGCGGUCACCUGAAGUGCAGCCAGGUGUGUGAGCAGUACAAGACCACGGUGAAGUGCUCCUGUUAUCCUGGAUGGAUACUUGAUCCAGAUGGAGACACCUGCCACAGCACGGAUCCUUUUGAGGCUUUCAUCAUUUUCUCAAUCCGACAUGAGAUAAGACGGAUAGACCUUCACAAGAGAGACUACAGUCUGUUGGUGCCGGGACUGAGGAACACUAUUGCUUUAGACUUCCACUUUAACCACAGCCUCCUGUACUGGACAGAUGUGGUGGAAGAUAAGAUCUACAGAGGAAAGCUCUCCGAGUCUGGUGGCGUGACAGCGAUCGAGGUGGUUGUGCAGCAUGGUCUGGCCACUCCAGAGGGCCUGGCUGUGGACUGGAUUACAGGAAAACUGUACUGGAUUGAUAGCAAUCUGGACCAGAUUGAGGUGGCUGAGCUUAAUGGGAAUAUGCGAGCGACACUCAUUGCAGGAGGAAUGGAGCAUCCACGCGCCAUCGCUCUAGACCCAGGACAGGGGAUCCUCUUCUGGACCGACUGGGAUGCCUCAUUUCCUAGAAUCGAGGCUGCAUCUAUGAGUGGAGGUGGCAGACACAUUGUGUUUAAGGAUAUGGAGAUUGGGGCUUGGCCCAAUGGACUAACGCUGGACCAUCUGGAACGCCGGAUGGUUUGGACGGACGCACGCUCCGACGCCAUUUUCUCUGCACUCUAUGACGGCAGUGGGGUCAUUGAGAUCCUCAGAGGCCACGAAUACUUGUCCCAUCCUUUUGCCGUGUCUCUGUUUGGAGGAAAUGUCUACUGGACGGACUGGAGGACAAACACAUUGGCGAGAGCCAAUAAGUGGACCGGGCAAAAUGUCACAGUCAUCCAGAAGACAAGUGCUCAACCUUUUGACUUGCAGAUCUUCCAUCCCAGCAGGCAACCACAAGCCUCAAACCCAUGCGAGGAGAAUGAUGGACGUGGUCCCUGCUCACAUCUGUGUCUCAUCAAUUACAACCGCACCGCGUCCUGCACCUGUCCACACCUCAUGAAGCUUUCAGCCAACAAACAAUCCUGCUUUGCGCUAAAAAGGUUCCUCCUGUACGUGCGCCGGUCCGAAAUCCGUGGCGUGGAUAUUGACAACCCAUACAUGAAUGUCAUGACGGCUCUGACUGUGCCAGACAUCGACGAUGUCACUGUGGUGGACUUUGAUUCUCUGGAGGAGAGGAUCUACUGGGCUGACAUCAAAAGCCAAACCAUCAAACGGGUGUUCGUCAACGGCACCCAGCUAGAAACUGUAAUUUCUUCAGACAUAGUGAAUUGUCGGAGUCUGGCUUUAGACUGGCUUUCCAGGAACUUAUACUGGCUCAGCUCUGAAAAUGACGAGUCCCAAAUCAAUGUGGCUCGCUUUGAUGGGUCCCUAAAGACGUCCAUCAUCCACGGCAUUGAUAAGCCAAGGUGCCUUGUAGUGCAUCCUGCCAAGGGGAAAAUCUACUGGAUUGAUGGAAACACGGUUAACAUGGCCAACAUGGAUGGAAGCAACAGUAAAGUCCUCCAUCAGAACCAGAGGGAUCCUGUAGGUCUCACAAUAGACUACGGUGCCAACAAGCUCUACUGGAUAAGCUCAGCCAACAGCACAAUCAACAGGUGCAAUCUGGACGGCGGUGGGCUGGAAGUGCUGGAAACUCUCAAGAGCGAGCUAGCCAGAGGCACAGCUCUGGCCGUGAUGGGUGGCAAACUUUGGUGGGCAGAUGAUGAAUCGGCCCAACUGGGAACUGUCACCAAGAGAGAUGGACGCAACGUUGUUGUCUUGAGAAACAAGACAAGCGGGGUGGUUCAUAUGAAGGUGUAUGACAGGGAGGGUCAGAAAGGAAGAAACCCGUGCCAAGUAAACAAUGGAGGAUGCUCCCAGCUUUGUUUGCCGACCUCAGAGAGCACCCGUAGCUGCUCCUGCACUGUGGGCUACAAUCUACGUAGUGAUCGCACGUCUUGCGAGGGAGUUGACUCGUUCUUGCUGUAUUCGAUCCAUGAGGGAAUCCGAGGAAUUGCUCUCGAUCCAAACGACAACAGUGAAGCCCUCAUGCCCAUCACCGGGACCCUGUUUGCUGUUGGAGUGGACUUUCAUGCAGGAAACGACACCGUGUACUGGACAGACAUGGGGCUGAACAGAAUAUCCCGUGCCAAACGUGAUCAGACCUGGAGGGAGGAUAUCAUUACUACUGGCAUCAGCCGAGUGGAAGGCAUCGCGGUCGACUGGAUUGCUGGAAACCUGUAUUGGACCGACCAUGGUUUUAAUCUAAUUGAAAUCUCCCGUCUUAAUGGUGCAUAUCGCUCAGUGGUUAUAUCUGAAGGACUUGAUCAGCCACGAGCUAUUGCUGUGCACCCGCAGAAAGGGUAUCUUUUUUGGACUGAGUGGGGCCAGAACCCGUGCAUUGGCCGCUCGCGCCUGGAUGGUUCGGACCAAGUUACCUUGGUUAGUUCAGGCAUCAUUUGGCCCAAUGGAAUUUCUAUUGACUAUGAGGAAAACACGCUCUACUGGUGUGACGCACGCACAGAUAAAAUCGAGAGGAUCAACCUUGAAACAGGUGAGAGCCGAGAGAUUGUACUGUCAGUGGCCAACGUGGACCUGUUCUCCGUGGCUGUGUUUGGACCUUACAUCUACUGGUCUGACAGAGCCCACUCCAACGGUUCAAUCCGACGUGCUUUUAAGACUGACACCAGCGAGACCUCAACCAUGAGGAGUGGCCUAGGGGUCAAUUUGAAAGAUGUGACAGUAUUCAAUAGAGACCGAGAAAAAGGCACCAACCCCUGUGCCAGGAGUAAUGGAGGCUGCCAGCAGUUGUGUUUUCACCUGGGCAGCGGUCGCCGGACCUGCUCCUGCGCCCAUGGCCGCUUGGCAGUCGAUGGAUUUGCCUGUGAGCGCUACGAUGGUUACUUACUCUACUCCGAGAGGACUAUACUGAAAAGCAUCCACCUCUCAGAUGAAAAUGACCUCAACUCACCCAUUCAGCCCUUCGAAAAUCCAACUCUUUUCAAGAAUGUAAUAGCAUUGGCUUUUGACUACAACCAGAGCAGAGCUGGAACCAAUCGCAUCUUUUUCAGUGACGUCCACUAUGGAAAUAUUCAGAUUAUUAAUGAUGACUGGACAAGAAGGUCUAUUAUUGCAGAAAAUGUGGGUUCAGUGGAGGGUCUGGCUUACCACCGAGCUUGGGACACUCUGUACUGGACCAGCUCUACAACGUCCACCAUCACCAGAAAAACCCUGGACCAGAACCGAGUCGGAGCCUUUCCCAGGCAGGCUGUGGUCACUCUGUCAGAGGAAGACCAUCCACAGGUCCUGGCCCUGGAUGAGUGUCAAAACCUGAUGUUUUGGACCAACUGGAAUGAGCAGAGGCCCAGCAUCAUGAGAUCCACCUUAACUGGGAAGAACAUGAGGAUCGUUGUUAGCACUGAGGUUUUGACGCCAAACGGACUCACGAUCGACCACAAUGCAGAGAAGCUGUACUUUUCCGAUGGAAGCCUCGGGAAGAUUGAGAGAUGUGACUACGAUGGUUCUAGUAGAUAUGUCAUUGUUAAAUCGGGAUCCGGAAACUUCUAUGGGCUCGCCGUCUAUGCAGAUUUCAUCUAUUGGUCAGACUGGGGCCGUCGAGCCGUGCUGCGAUCAAACAAGUACACAGGUGGUGACACCAAGGUGCUCAGAGCAGAUAUACCUCAUCAGCCAAUGGGAAUUAUUGCUGUGGCCAAGGAUACCAACAACUGUGAGCUGUCGCCAUGCCGACACACGAAUGGAGGCUGUGGCGACCUGUGUCUCCUGACCCCACAUGGAAGGGUCAACUGCUCCUGUCGAGGAGAACGUGUGCUGCUGGAUGACAACAGAUGUGUGUCAGAGAACUCCUCGUGUAACAUUUACACUGAAUUUGAAUGUGGAAAUGGGGAGUGUGUAAACUACCAGCUGACCUGUGACGGAGUCGCCCAUUGCAAAGACAAAUCAGAUGAGAAGAUGCAGUACUGUGACAACAGGAGCUGUCGGAGGGGUUUCAGGCCCUGCUACAACCAGCGUUGUGUGGCAAGUGUUCGCUUCUGCGACGGGAUCGAUGACUGCGGGGAUAACUCUGAUGAAGCCUUCUGUAGCAAUAUCACCUGUGGCCCAUCAGAGUCCGCCUGCAAGGAUGGGAGUUGUGUACCUAUCUCAGCUUGGUGCAAUCAGGUCAUCGACUGUGCUGAUGCCUCAGAUGAAAGAAAUUGCAACCACACCGAAUGUUCCCACUUCUACAAGCUGGGGGUGAAAGAAAAAGAUUUUGUCAGCUGCAACUCCACUUCCCUGUGCAUCCACCCAUCGUGGAUUUGUGAUGGUGCGAAUGAUUGCGGAGACUACGCAGAUGAGACCAACUGCCAGGUUUCCCAUGGGCAGAAGUGUGACGAGGGCCACUUUGCUUGUCCAAGUGGGAACUGCAUUUCCAGUGUCUGGUUGUGUGACGGCCAGAAAGACUGCGAAGACGGAGCGGAUGAGUUCCAGUGUGACUCAUCGUGUCUGUGGAACCAGUUUGCCUGCUCCAAGAACAAGUGCAUCGCCAAGCAGUGGCUGUGCGAUGGUGAGAACGACUGCGAGGACGGUCUCGACGAGAGCACGCAGAUCUGUGGCGCUGUGACUUGUGCCCCAGGACUGUUCAGCUGUCCCGGAUCAUACGCUUGUGUUCCCAAACGGUGGCUCUGUGAUGGGGAGAGGGACUGUCCAGAUGGGAGCGAUGAACUCUCUGCUGCUGGAUGUGCACCCAACAACACAUGUGAUGACAGCUCGUUUCGCUGCCACAACAAAGCGUGCAUCCCUCAGCGAUUCGUCUGUGACCACGAUAAUGACUGUGGGGAUGGAUCUGAUGAGUCCGUGGAAUGUGUCUACCGCCCUUGUGGAUCAGAGGAGUUUCGCUGCAGGGAUGGCCGCUGUCUUCUCAGCUCUCAGUGGGAGUGUGACGGUUAUGCAGACUGUCCCGAUCACUCCGACGAGCUGCCACUGAACCUUAAAUGCCUUGCUGCAGGAAGCUUGUGCAAUGGCUCCUUCUUCAUGUGCUCCAAUGGACGCUGCAUUUCUGAGUGGAACCUGUGCGAUGGGAAAGACGAUUGUGGAGACGGAUCAGACGAGAGGAACUGCAAUGUGAACGAGUGUUUGAACCGCAGAGUCAGUGGGUGCACACAGGACUGCCAGGAUCUUGCUGUGGGCUUCAAGUGUAAAUGCUGGCCUGGUUUCCACCUGAAAGAUGACGGGAAGACUUGUGUGGAUGUUGACGAAUGCUCCACGACCCUUCCUUGUAGCCAGCGCUGCAUCAACACCUACGGCUCCUACAGAUGCUUGUGUGUGGACGGCUACGAAGCUGUGGACCGCAAUCCCAACACGUGCAAAGCUCUGUCAGCUGAGGAGCCCUUUCUCAUAAUGGCGGACCACCACGAGAUCCGCAAACUGAGUGUGGAUGGCUCAAAUUACACGAUUUUGAAACAGGGCCUCUACAACAUCAUCCACCUAGACUUUGACUACAAGAAGGAAUUUAUCUAUUGGGUGGACUCAACCAGGCCAAGUGGCAGGAAGAUCAACAGAAUGCGUCUCAAUGGGAGUGACCUAAAGAUAGUUCACAGGACUGCAGUUCCCAGUGCCUUAGCUGUGGAUUGGAUUGGAAAGAAUCUGUACUGGUGUGACGCGGAGAGGAAAACCUUGGAAGUCUCUAAAGCUAACGGACUUUACCCAACCAUCCUUGUCAGCACUGGUCUCAAGAACCCCACAGACCUUGUUUUGGAUCCCCAGACUGGGUAUGUGUUCUGGGUAGACUGCUGUGAACCUCCCCACAUCGGGCGUAUAGGCAUGGAUGGCCGAGGGCAAACGGUGAUCAUUGACCGCGAGAUCUAUAACCCCACCGCUCUUACUAUUGAUUAUACCAACAAGAGACUCUACUGGGCAGACGAUAACCACAUCCUGUUUGCCAACAUGGAUGGCACCCAAAGACAUAAAGUGUCCUAUGAUCACAUCCAAGGAGUAAUGGCAUUGACUUUGUUUGAGGACUUUGUGUAUUGGACGGAUGGGAAGUCCAAAUCACUGCGACGUGCACACAAGACUACCGGUGCCCAGGGGAUCGAGCUCCUCAACUCCUGGCAGGCCAUCAAAUCAAUCAAGGUCUACCACUCCCUGCGCCAGCCUGAAGUACCCAAGCACCAAUGCCAGAUUGCUAAUGGCGGAUGCAGCCACUUAUGUCUCCUUUCCCCUGGUGGGGAACACAAAUGUGCCUGUCCCACAAAUUUUUACCUGGCUGCUGACAAUAAAACCUGCCUCUCCAACUGCACCUCCAGUCAGUUUCGUUGUGGGACGGAUGAGUGUAUCCCCUUUUGGUGGAAGUGUGACACAGUGGAUGAUUGUGGGGAUGGCUCAGAUGAACCUUCGGAAUGCCCGGAAUUCAAAUGUCAGCCUGGACGUUUUCAGUGUGGCACGGGCCUCUGUGCCCUUCCUCCUUUCAUCUGUGAUGGAGAAAAUGACUGUGGUGACAACACAGAUGAGGCUAAUUGUGAGACAUACAUCUGCCUGUCAGGACAGUUCAAGUGCACCAGGAAACAGAAAUGCAUUCCCCUCAACCUGCGCUGCAAUGGUCAGGAUGACUGUGGGGACGGAGAGGAUGAGACGGACUGUCCUGAAAGCACCUGCUCCCCUGACCAGUUCCAGUGUAAGGCCUCCAUGCACUGCAUCUCCAAACUGUGGGUUUGUGACGAGGAUCCCGACUGCGCAGACGGGUCAGACGAGGCUAACUGUGAUGAAAAGACCUGUGGACCUCAUGAAUUUCGCUGUGAGAAUAACAACUGCAUCCCAGACCACUGGCGGUGCGACAGCCAGAACGACUGCGGAGACGGCUCCGACGAAGAGAACUGCAAGCCGGUCACCUGCAACCACAAAGACUUCGCCUGCACAAACGGAGAGUGCAUUUCCUCCAGAUUCCGCUGCGAUGGAGAUUAUGACUGCUUGGAUAAUUCAGAUGAGAAAGGAUGUGAGGCACGCUGUGCAGAUGACCAGUUUCGGUGUCACAACAACCUCUGUAUCUCCCUUAAAUGGCUGUGUGACGGUCAAGAAGACUGCAAGAUGGGAGAAGAUGAAAAGAACUGCCUAGAAACAGUUGUCCCUUCUUGCUCUGUGAACGAGUAUGUGUGUGCCAGCGGAGGGUGUGUGUCGGCCAGCCUGCGCUGUGACGGACAUGACAACUGUCUCGAUGGCUCCGAUGAGGUUGGCUGUGUGAAGGAGUGCAGGGAGGAUGAGUUCCUGUGCCUGAAUCGGGCCCACUGCAUCCCUCGGCGCUGGCGCUGUGAUGACGUGUUGGACUGCAUGGAUCAUAGCGAUGAAGAAAACUGCAAUCAUGGAGCGUUCUUCUGUCGGGCUGAUGAAUUCAUUUGCAACAACACCUUAUGCAAACUCCACACUUGGGUGUGCGAUGGCAAGGAUGACUGUGGAGAUAACUCUGAUGAAGAUAUAGAAAUGUGUGUUAAGCUUCCCUGCCCUCCUACGCGGCCUUUCCGGUGUAAAAAUGACCGCGUGUGUCUGCGCGCGGACCAGAUCUGCAACAAAGUGGACGACUGUGGUGACAACUCGGAUGAAGAAGAGUGUGAAGUGGUGGCUGGAAGACCGCGGCCUUGUGGGAAGACAGAGUUCACCUGCAGUAAUCGGCGUUGCAUCCCCAUGCAGCUUCAGUGCGACCUCUUCAGUGAUUGCGGUGAUGGUGGCUCGGAUGAGCAGGACUGCAAGUCCUUUUCCAGCGGAGAUGUAUGUGGAAAGAAAACAAACCCGUGUGGGGAGGAUGCAAUUUGCAACCAAACGAAUCCUAACGAUGUGUGUCAAUGCAAAUCUGGUUUUAAGAGAAACCAAAAAACAGGCCAAUGUGAAGAGAUAAACGAGUGUCUGCAGUUUGACGCGUGCCCGCAUUACUGCACAAACACUAAGGGAUCUUUUAAAUGCACAUGUGAUCGGAACUUUAAGGAGGUCAAUGGCAACUGUGUCGCCAAAGGAUCAGAUGAUCGAGUGCUCUACAUAGCCAACGACACUGAAAUCCGGAGUUUUGUGUAUCCCUAUAACCAGAGCCAUGGACACAAGCUGCUCACUCACAUCGAAGACAACGCUCGCAUUAUUGGGAUGGAUGUUCUGUUUCAUCAGCAAAAGUUCAUAUGGGCCACCCAGUUUAACCCGGGGGGCAUUUUCUACAAAGAUUCUCUUGAAAGAGGACAAACCAAAUCAAAUAUUAGAAACAUUUGUUCAGACUUCCGUCGUCCCAGAGAUAUUUCUGCUGACUGGAUCACAGGCAACAUUUAUUGGACUGAUCACUCUCGAAUGCACUGGUUCAGCUAUUACACAGCCCACUGGACUAAAUUACGAUAUUCUAUAAAUGUGGGCCAACUUAAGGGACCAAAUUGCACUCGCUUGAUUACUGACAUGGCAGGAGAGCCGUAUGCCAUCGCUGUAAACCCAGCUAGAGGAAUGAUGUACUGGAGUGUAAUUGGAGAUCAUUCUCAUAUAGAGGAAUCCGCCAUGGAUGGAUCAUUACGCAGAGUCCUCCUAGAGAAAAAUCUCCGACGACCCACUGGGCUGGCAAUUGAUUACUUCAACCAGCGUAUUUACUGGGCUGAUCCUGAGCUCUCACAGAUAGGGAGCAUGAGAUUGGAUGGCUCAGACCCCCUCGUGACAAUCAGUGACAGACACGGAAUCUCUCAGCCAUAUAGAAUUGACAUAUUUGAGGACUAUAUUUAUGGAACUGGUCUGAAACAUGAACUUUUCAGGAUUCACAAGUAUGGCAAACAAUCAGUGGAGUUUCAGUAUUUGGGGAUGGAAAGACCCACGAACAUUUUCAUCUCGCAUCGUUACAAACAGCAAGAUGCAUCAAAUCCAUGCCUGAGAAUGUCUUGUGAUUUCAUGUGUCUGCUCAACCCUACUGGUGCAAGGUGUACCUGUCCAGAAGGAAAAGUGCUUGUCAAUGGCACCUGUAGUGAUGUCAACACCUCAGGCGAACUGUGCCGCCCCCCCUGCGAGAAUGGAGGCCGCUGCUUAGCCAAUGAGAAAGGGGACUGGAGGUGCUACUGCUGGCCCGACUUCUCAGGGGAGCGCUGUGAGGUCAACCACUGUACAGACUACUGCCUGAAUGGAGGCACCUGCAUAGGUUCACCACUGGGCAAGCCUACAUGCCGCUGCCCUGCUGGAUUCUCCGGGCCGUUUUGUGAGCGCAGGAUCUGUGACAGUUACUGUUUAAACGGAGGAACAUGUGACAUCACUCAGGGGAACCAGCCCAUGUGUCGCUGUAUGGCCGAGUAUACCGGGGAUCGCUGUCUCUACCACAUUUGCCAUCACUACUGCGUGAACUCGAGGGCUUGCACGCUGUCCAGCAGCGGCUACGUGGAGUGUGUGUGUCCUGCUAGGUUUGAAGGCAACAAGUGUGAGGUGGACAAGUGUCUCCGGUGCCACGGAGCUCCCUGCCUUAUUAAUGAGGAGACCGGAGAUGUGGUUUGCAACUGCACAAAUGGCAGAAUAGCGCCGAGCUGUCAGCUGUGUGACGGAUAUUGCUACAAUGGAGGUACCUGUCACCUGGACCCUGACACCAGCCUGCCUUUCUGUCACUGCACGUCAGGGUUCAAGAACCAACGUUGUGAUGAGCUGGCCAACCCCUGCGAUUACUUCUGUCAGAAUGAGGGGAUGUGCACAUUAACAUCUCUUAACAAACCUCGCUGCAAAUGUUCCGCCAAUUGGGCAGGAACGCAGUGCGAGAGACCCGCCCCUAAAAGCAGCAGAUCAGACAAUACCACAGGAGGGAGCAUUGCUAUCAUUGUGCCUCUGGUGCUGCUGGUUAUCUUGAUCGUGAUGGUGGUGGCAGGUGUUUACAUCUGCAGACGGAGGCAAAGGGGAAAACGAGUCCAGAGGCAGCCCAUGACAAACGGAGGAAUAAACGUGGAGAUCGGGAAUCCGUCAUACAACAUGUAUGAGGUGGACCACGAUAACCAUGCAGAUGCAGGCAGCCUGCUGAGACCCAACUUCACACUGGACCCUCAGAAGGGCUGGUGUGUAAAAUCCAGUGACCCCAACAACUUAAGUAUGAACUCUAUACCCAAGGAAGUUAUCCCUGGACAGCCCAUGAACUACUCCAACCCAGUGUAUGCAAAGAUCUACAUUGAUGGGCAAAACUGUCGGAAGCCAGUUAUCAGUAUCGAUGAGAGGAGAGAGCUACUCCCAAAGAAACUAGAGGGGACAAUUCGUGAAACCGCCGCAUAGCCUAACUUUACACUUUUUACUUUUUUCUUUUUUUACCACAGUGUACAUUGUAAAAUACGAAGGAGGAAACAAGAUUUUUCUAUUUCCUACGAGGUUCCUGGGUUUUACUCGUUUAGCAUCAGCAUAAUGUCUUUGUUUGUGUGUCCCAGAGUUUUAUUUUACAUAAAAACUGUUUGCUUUCUAUUUUUUUUUUGUUAAAGAUAAGUUAAACAGCACUAUAUUAUAUACUGUUCUAAAGUAAAGCUGCUGAUUUGCAAAAACUUGAUUAACACCAUAAGCCACUCUUGUACACAGUUCCGAUGUUAAAUCCAGUGCUACAAUCUGUACCCAUAGCUGACAAUAGUUUAAAAAAAUAGGAAAAUAUGUUGUUCAUUUCCUGAGCAAAUGGAUGUAAAGUGACAGAGUUACAUGAUUUGAUUUUAUUUCUUUUCUAUAUGUACUCGACGGACCACAGAGCUUCACAAAUGAGCUUCGGAGCUUAAUAUUUCUGAGUUAUCCUGUUUUUUUCGCUCUGUAUCUGGUGGUUUUAGUCAUUUUAUGAUCCGUGUCAUUUUACCACACAAUAUGCACUCCCACCGCUGUUAUGUCUUCUCCCAGUUUCAGAGGAAAUCUACCACAUGAAGCAUGAAGCCCAUGCUGAAUGUUCAUGCGUUAUAUUCCUGUAUUGUUCACAGAGGACAGAUAAUGAAUACCAUAUUUUUCUAAGUCUCAUAUGUCCACAGAUGAACUGAAGAUAUGAACAAGGAAGAGAUUUACCACAGUCACAGAGGUUACUAGGAGUUAUUAUAAAACACGUUUCUGCAGACGAAGAUGAUAGAUAUAAGAAAUUUUAUAAUUUUGUAUUUGAUUUGUAUGUCGUUUGGCUGCUUGUAUUUUGAAGAAAUGUAAUAAAUGUAAGUAAUUUUUAUAUAAAAUGUAAAUCAAUAUUGAAUAAAAGGGGCUUAUUUCCA